GCUACACACAGAAGUCCAGGGGCCCCAGGAUCAUGUCGGACCCCACAGUCACCGCCUUCCUGACCAAGGUUCUGUGCAAACAUGGCGGGCGACUGCCCAAGAAGGAUCUGUCUGGGUUAUUGGAGCUUCCUACAGAGCAGAUGGAGCAAAUCCUGAAGGAAGAACCCCAAAAGUUCCCUCAGGUUGGGGACCUGGUCCUGGCUGGGAGCCCCGUGAGGACCUGCACCAAAUAUCUAAAGAAUGAAGAAGAAGAAGAGCAGUGCGAGAAACUGCACCUGUGCCAAAACUACCUGCGGAGUAACUGCAAAAGGCCCCGGUGCCCGUUCUCCCAUGAUAUUUUCUCAAAUCAUAACCGCAUGGUCAUGAAGGCCAAUGAGAUCAGUGGACUGAAUGAGGAUGAGAUAAAGGUUCUCCUCCUCCAGAACGACAACCAGCUGCUGCCGAGGGUUUGUGUGAAGUAUCUACAUGACCAAUGUAAUCUCGGGAAGGAUUGUUCGUGGCUGCAUAUCUGCGGUUUCUUCACACGAGGAGAAUGUACCCAUCACCCCUGUAAACGUUCUCACCACCUCCUGGAGUUCGGUUCUGAUCUCUUACUCACUCGCUAUCGUAUGUCUGAGGAGACUAUUCAGAACUUUCAGAUGAUUUGUACGGUGAAAUACAAUGAACGUCUCCAGACAGUGAGGGAGGAGGGCAAGAAGGACCAGGAGAAGGGGCAGCCUGGAGCUCAGAGAGGAAGAGGAGGAGGAAGACCCCGGAACAGAAAGAAGAGAGAACCUCAGGAUGGGGCGCGAAGCAAGAGUCGAGGACAACGACAAGGAAGAGCAGGGGUCCAUUCCCGGGGGAGAUCAGGCAGCCAUCCAGUGUCGGAGAGUGGGGACAGUCAUUGUAUGCCUGGAAGUGAAGAUGUUAACAACUCUCAGAUAACUCAGAAUAAUACGAAAAUGGCAGCAAGUCCUCCCUCUCUCCAGCCCUUGAUGUCAUUGGACACCCACCCCCCAACACCCACUGUAUACAUGUCCUACACGGGCCAUUCCAAGGCUGAUGUCGAGUCCGCAUCACCAUCGGCUCCACCUAAAGUGUCUCCUCAGACAGGAAUCCCAACUGGACAUUCGUCAUCAUCUUCUACCCCAUCUGCCCCUCUGCCAAAAUGGACAUUUGGGCAAGUGACGUCUAUACAUCCUGUUAAUCCUCUAACAGUAUCUGCUGCUGGACAAAGCAAACCCGUCCAUCUUCCUAUGAAAGAUCAAUCAAGUGCCGGUUCUGUUAGGCCGGCACCCUCCACAGUGGUGAACCCAUCCACUUCUCCAAUGCCUCCUCCAAGACCAAGCAAGAUGGUGAAUUCUCCUACGAAAGGUCCAUCUGUUCCUCAGGGGAAACCGGAGACCACCACCAUUGCGAGCCCAAACAAAACUCAACCAGUUGUCAACCUCACGACCACCGCAGCAGGUCCUUCCAGUACUACAACAACAUCUUGUCCCAGACUGGUAGAUUCUCCUACAGAAGGUCCUUCUGUUCAAAGGGUAAAACCAGUCCAACCUCCAGCUGCUUCUUUUGCCCAAACCAGUGUGAAACCAAUAUCACAGACAGAGCUGGAGGACAUAUACACAACAUUGUUUUUAAAGAAUUUGGAAGGCUUGGCGACUAUUAACCCAUCAGAUACAGGUCAUCAGGCGGCAAGAACAUCCGUGAAUGGAGCUACCUACCUACCACCAAAUAAAUUGGAACCCGACAAGGUCCCGGAGAUCUGUCUUUCUAAUAUUUGGAAAUACUGCAAGUUAGGAGAGCGUUGCCCGGACAUGCAUUACUACCUGCCGUACCGCUGGCAGAUUUACAAAGGAACCGACUGGGAAGAAAUCCCCAAUAUGGAGGAGAUUGAAAAAUGUUACUGCGACCCAUCCGCUGACAGGGUUCGUUCAGUUGACUUUAUGACUAUGAAGUCCGGCGAGCACCGCGUUCGUCGUCUCUCCACCGUCUCUUCGGUCAUGAAGCCGCCUGAAUAUGUCCUGACCACCGAGUGGCUGUGGUACUGGAAGGAUGAAUAUGGCACCUGGACACAAUACGGCCAUUCUAACGUGAAACAAGUGAGCUCCACCAUAUUGUCUUCAGACCUGGAGACCGUCUACCUUUCCGAUCCCACUGCCGUCAUACCUUUCACUGCUGGCAGCCAGCGCUAUGAGAUCAACUUCCCAGAAAUGAAGCAGAGGAACGUCCAGUACAAGACGGAGAAAGACGUGCGCAGGAGACCGAAAUAUCUAAGCUUUGAAGAUGUGAAAUUACUGGGUGGAAGUACAAAAUCAUCAGCAACUAAGUUCCCGAUGAUCUACCCGAGGACAUGGGACACGUCGGCCCUGCCGGCGAUAGGCUGUAAGAAAGUUCCCGUCUCUGACACAUCCAGCGAGUUCUCAGAAAUUAUCAGCAGCUUCACCAAGACGGUCAGCGGGCACAUGGUGAAGAAUUUGUGGCGUCUCCAGAACCCAUCACUGUGGCAGCUGUUCCAGUGGCAAAAAGAACAGAUGGAAAAAAAAAAUAGGGGACAAGACGUGAAGGAAAUGCGACUGUUUCACGGCACAAACGCAGCACACGUGGACGCCAUCUGCAGUCACAACUUUGACUGGUGGAUCUGCGGCACCAAUGGCGUUGUGUAUGGACAAGGAAGUUACUUUGCCCGAGACGCCUCGUACUCUCACACCUACUCCGCUGAGGCUCCUGACGGGACGCGGUCGAUGUUCGUGGCUCGUGUGCUGGUGGGAGACUAUGUGGAGGGAAACUCCAAAAUGAAGCGCCCACCGCAGAGACCCGGCAUUAACACGCGGUAUUAUGACUCCUGCGUGAACAACGUCACCGAUCCCUCCAUCUUUGUGGUGUUUGAGAGGCAUCAGAUCUACCCCGAGUAUCUUCUGGAAUACGAAGAACGAUACAGAUCCUGGGAUAUCUACUGAACAAACCCAAAAUGUCUCCUAAAAAACUUCUAAAACUGUAACAAAAAUUUGAAAAAUUCAUUCAUUUUCACACUUCAAAUAAUCAAGAACCCGUGAUACAUUGACCAUUCAGUCAGAUGGGCCCCUGAACCCCCUAGGUGACGUCAUCCUGCAGGCGUGGUGACAUAUAUGGUGAUAUUUAUUUGAGAUAUGAUAUUGGGCCCCUUCAUCUACAUGGGGCAGUAGACAUGGUCUGUGGGCCCCUUCAUCUACAUGGGGUGGUAGACAUGGCCUGUGGGCCCCUUCAUCUACAUGGGGCAGUAGACAUGGUCUGUGGGCCCCUUCAUCUACAUGGGGUGGUAGACAUGGCCUGUGGGCCCCUUCAUCUACAUGGGGCAGUAGACAUGGUCUGUGGGCCCCUUCAUCUACAUGGGGUGGUAGACAUGAUUUGUGGGCCCCUUCAUCUACAUGGGGUGGUAGACAUGGCCUGUGGGCCCCUUCAUCUACAUGGGGUGGUAGACAUGGCCUGUGGGCCCCUUCAUCUACAUGGGGUGGUAGACAUGGCCUGUGGGCCCCUUCAUCUACAUGGGGUGGUAGACAUGGCCUGUGGGCCCCUUCAUCUACAUGGGGUGGUAGACAUGGCUUGUGGGCCCCUUCAUCUACAUGGAGUGAUAGACAUGGUCUGUGGGCCCAUUAUCUACAUGGGGCAGUAGACAUGGUCUGUGGGCCCCUUCAUCUACAUGGGGUGAUAGACAUGGUCUGUGGGACCCUUCAUCUACAUGGGGUGAUAGACAUGGUCUGUGGGCCCCUUCAUCUACAUGGGGUGGUAGACAUGGUCUGUGGGUCCCUUCAUCUACAUGGGGUGAUAGACAUGGCCUGUGGGCCCAUUAUCUACAUGGGUUGGUAGACAUGGUCUGUGGGCACCUUCAUUUAUAUGGGGUGGUAAACAUGGUCUGUGGGACCCUUCAUCUAAAUCGAGUGAUAGACAUGGUCUGUGAGCCCAUUAUCUACAUGGGGUGGUAGACAUGGUCUGUGGGCCCCUUCAUCUACAUGGGGCAGUAGACAUGGCCUGUGGGCCCCUUAAUCUACAUGGGGUGGUAGACAUGGUCUGUGGGCCCCUUCAUCUACAUGUGGUGGUAGACAUGGCCUGUGGGCCCCUUCAUCUAAAUGGAGUGAUAGACAUGGUCUGUGGGCCCAUUAUCUACAUGGGUUGGUAGACAUGGUCUGUGGGCCCCUUCAUCUACAUGGGGUGAUUGACAUGGUCUGUGGGACCCUUCAUCUACAUGGGGUGAUAGACAUAGUCUGUGGGCCCCUUCAUCUACAUGGGGUGGUAGACAUGGUCUGUGGGUCCCUUCAUCUACAUGGGGUGAUAGACAUGGCCUGUGGGCCCAUUAUAUACAUGGGUUGGUGGACAUGGUCUGUGGGCCCCUUCAUCUAAAUGGGUUGGUAGACAUGGUCUGUGGGCACCUUCAUUUAUAUGGGGUGGUAGACAUGGUCUGUGGGCCCCUUCAUCUAAAUCGAGUGAUAGACAUGGUCUGUGGGCCCAUUAUCUACAUGGGGUGGUAGACAUGGUCUGUGGGCCCCUUCAUCUACAUGGGGCAGUAGAAAUGGCCUGUGGGCCCCUUCAUCUACCUCUACAUGGAGUGAUAGACAUGGUCUGUGGGCCCAUUAUCAACAUGGGGUGGUAGACAUGGUCUGUGGGCCCCUUCAUCUACAUGGGGCAGUAGACAUGGUCUGUGGGCCCCUUCAUCUACAUGUGGUGGUAGACAUGGCCUGUGGGCCCCUUCAUCUACAUGGGGUGAUUGACAUGGUCUGUGGGACCCUUCUUCUACAUGGGGUGGUAGACAUGGUCUGUGGGCCCCUUCAUCUACAUGGGGUGGUAGACAUGGUCUGUGGGCCCAUUAUCUACAUGGGGUGGUGGACAUGGUCUGUGGGCCCCUUCAUCUAAAUGGGUUGGUAGACAUGGUCUGUGGGCACCUUCAUUUAUAUGGGGU